AAUAAAAAACCUGUUGUAAUGAAAGGAGAGAGAGUUUUCUCUCCCUAAACAAGCUGUAGUUAGCAGUCAUAUUCAGGCAUUGCUUCCUCCCUUGAUGUCACGAGAUCCCCAUCUCCUCUCACAUAAAAACUCCAUUGUCUUUUUAGAACAUCUUCUGUUUUCUUCCUCUUCUUCUGCUUUUCUCGUUUCCUGUUUCAAUUCUACUGCACAUUGCUACAAUUAUUCUUUAACAACUACUAACUUUUCUCACCACAGCAAUGUCACCAUACUCUAAAUUGCCCUCUCAAGAAUCCAUUGCUGAUUCCUUAGCCACCCGAUUCCGUGACUCUCUCACUUUCACCAACCCCACCAAGAAGCUUGAUUCCAAAGAACUCGAUCUGGGUUCUCCGGUUUCACCGUUAACAGUUCCUGCUUCUCUCAAUAAUGCUACCACCACCACCCCUUCAACCAGCACUUCAAGCUCCUCUGGUUCUGUCUCCAGCACCAAAACUAUUAAUACCUCUACCAAAUUGCCUAAAAAGCCAGAAAAUGGCUCACCCAAUCACUCCGGCGAGCUUUCCGGCUUGUCGGAUACUAGCCCAGCUCGACAUAACAAUCUGCGUUCCAGAAAUUCGCAUCCGGGUCAUCGAAGAUCUGUUUCGGCUGGAGUCCCAUUGAUCUAUUCUGGUUCAAGUUUUGGCUCUACUAACAACAAUGGAGCAACCUCGGUUUCUACAAGCUCGGCCUCAAAUUUGCUUCCCAGUGGCAAUAUUUGUCCAUCGGGCAAAAUUUUGAAGGCUGGCUUGACGGGUCGCGUCGCAAACAAGACAGACACUCUCGGAACGGGAACAGCAAACUACGGACACGGCAGCAUUGUGCGUGGCGGAAGUGGUGGCGGUGGUGCUACUAAAUUGGGAAGUGGAGGAGUUAAUGGUGCUUGCGGUGAUCCAGAGGAGUUGAAGAAGGCAGGUAAUGAGAUGUAUAGAAGAGGGAAUUUUGUGGAAGCUUUGGGUUUGUAUGAUAAAGCAAUAUCGUUGGCACCGGAGAAUGCGCCUUACCGGAGUAAUAGGGCGGCGGCUCUGACGGCACUAGGGAGGUUGGGCGAGGCAGUGAGGGAAUGUAAGGAGGCUGUGAGACUGGACCCUGGUUAUGCCAGGGCUCAUCAGAGGUUGGCCUCUCUUUAUCUUAGGUUAGGACAAGCUGAAAAUGCUCGGCAGCACCUGUGUUUUCAUGGGCAACAACCAGGUCCAACAGAGUUGCAGAAGUUGCAGUCACUGGAGAAGCAUAUAAAGCGUUGUGCAGAUGCAAGGAAGAUUGGUGACUGGAAGGGUGCACUUAGGGAAACUGAUGCAGCCUUAACAAUUGGAGCGGACUCGUGUCCUCAGCUUAUUGCUUGUAAAGCAGAAGCCUUCUUGAAACUUCACCAACUUGAAGAUGCAGAUUCAACCAUAGCAAACAUUCCUAAGUUUGACUAUUGUUCUCCGCAAACAAAGUUCUUUGGUAUGGUUGCUGACGCUUAUGUGCUUUACGUUCAAGCCCAGAUUGAGAUGGCACUAGGAAGAUUUGAGAAUGCAGUUUCAGUAGCUGAGAAGGCUGCUCUGAUUGAUUAUAGUAAUGCAGAUGUUGCUAUGCUGUUGUCGAAUGUGAAAAUGGCAGCAAGAGCUCGUAAUCGUGGUAAUGAUCUUUUCAGUUCUGGAAAAUAUUCUGAAGCCAGCUCAGCUUAUGGAGAAGGCCUCAAAUAUGAUGCUUCCAACCCUGUUCUUUACUGCAAUCGAGCAGUUUGUUGGUCUAAACUUGGGCUGUGGGAAAAAUCUGUAGAGGACUGCAAUCAAGCUCUUAGGAUACAACCAAACUACACAAAGGCCUUAUUUAGAAGGGCCGCCUCAAAUGGAAAGCUUGGACGAUGGGCAGAAGCUGUGAGAGACUACGAGGUCUUGAGAAAGGAAUUACCAGGGGAUAAGGAGGUUCUGGAAUCGCUACACCGGGCGCAGAUCACGUUGAAGAAAUCUCUUGGAGAAGUUAAUUAUACAGAAACUGGUGGUGAAGUAGAAGAUAUUUCCAGUAUUGACAAAUUUAAAGCUGCAAUAUCAUCACAUGGUGUUAAGGUAGUUCAUUUUAAAGCAGCAUCUGAUGAACAAUCUGAAGAUAUAUCUCCAUUCAUAAAUAUGCUAUGCGUUCGGUAUCCAUCGGUUCAUUUUUUUAAGGUGGAUGUGGAAGAGAGCUUAGCAGUAGCAAAAGCUGAGAGCAUAAAAACCGUUCCGACGUUUAAGAUAUAUAAGAAUGGAGAAAAGGUGAAGGAGAUAAUCCGUCCGAGCCAUCAGUUCUUAGAGGAUUCGGUGAGGAGUUACAGUCUAUAAUUGUUUGAUGAUCUGUCAAUGUUUGCUCUUACUUCAUUUUUAAUUCAUUCAUCUGGGAAGAACCGAUGUUUCUCUUUGCUCAGUGAUUCAUACAAGCAAUUACCAGUUUUUUUACCUGUGAUAUAAAGUAAUCAACUACAUGAUUGUUGCAUAAUAUUAUGACUCUGAAAACCCUUAGAUUGCCAUAGAUUUGUAGAACCUCAUUUUGUCCAGGAGGCUUGUUAAUGGAGAUGGAAAAUGAUUAUUAUUA